AUGAAUAAAUUUAGCAGAGAAGAAUUUCUAUUCUUAGCUAAAAUCGCCUAACAAACAGAAAGGUUCAACGAUAUGAUAGAAUUCAUUAAACAUUUCCUUGAUUAAGAACUUAAUAAAGAAGAGAGAAGUAUAUUAUCAGCUGCAUACAAAAAUGUGGUUGGUAACAAAAGAGCUGAAUUAAGAGUUUUGACUGCUAUUGAAUAAAAAGAAUCCAGAAAAUAAACAGAUCAAUACACCCUUAAUUAUAUUAGAAAUUACAAACAUAAAAUUGAAGGAGAACUGAAAAAUUCUUGUGCUGAAAUUUUGAGUUUAAUUGAUACCGCCUUAUAUCCUAAUUCCAAGUAAGUUGAUAGUAAAGUCUUCUAUUUGAAAAUGAAAGGUGAUUACAACAGAUAUCUUGCUGAAUUUUUAUUAGAUAAUGAAUAUCAUGCAGCUGUUGAUUAAGCAACCCAAGCUUAUAAAGAAGCAGACGUUUUGGCCAAGUCAAAUUUGUCUACUACUUCUCCUAUCAGAUUAGGUUUACAUUUAAACUAAUCAGUGUUUUAUUAUGAAAUUUUGCAAAAUGCAGCAGAAGCAAUACGAAUUGCUAAUGAUGCCUUUGAAUAAGCUAUUGCUUAGGUGGACUCUGUAAAUGAAGAAAACUAUAAGGAUUGUACACUAAUCAUGCAAUUAUUAAGAGACAAUCUGACAUUAUGGAAUAAUCCAGAAGAGGAAGCUAAUGAUGAUUAAUGAUUUUAAAUUGAUAUCAUCUUAUAAGUAACUUAGCUGUAAUUUACACUUUAAAAAUGAAUAGAAGUUGUUAAAUAUAUAAAAAACUACAUUAUAUAUCAGUUAUAUAGAAAAUCAAUUAAAAUGAUUUUAAUGAUUUUAUACAUAAUUGAUAUAAGACAUUUAAACAAA